AUCGCCAGUAGGUGGCAGCACUGUUAAAUCAACGCCACCGUUGAGCCGAAGAAGAGCGGAGGCAAAAGCUACCAUGUUAGCUGCUUGUUAGCAUCGCCGUGUUCUGCCUGUUUCACCUUAAACUACAUGGAGAAGAAGAGCCGCCCUUCGUUUCUAAGGCUAGAUGAGAAGAUGUAGCCACACAGGUGGGGGAUCCCUUCACUGACAUAAACCCUCCUGUUUUUGGGAUAAUCCUCCCACUCUCCAGCCCUGGAGCUCCUCCAACUCUGACCAGGAGCUCGGAUCGGCAGCUUUAGUCCAUCCGUCCAUCCUCAGCCAUGCUGUUUUCUCUGAGGGAACUGGUCCAGUGGCUGGGCUUCGCCACCUUUGAACUGUUCCUCCACCUGCUGGCCCUGCUGGUCUUCAGCAUGCUGGUGGCCCUGAGGAUGGACCUGUUCGACGCCAAGCUGAGCUGGUGGCUGGUGUUUGUCCCCUUGUUUGCUGCAGACGGGCUCAGCACUUACUUCACGGCCAUCGUGUCCAUUCGGCUGUAUCAGGAGAAUGAGAAACGCCUGGCCGUUCUGCGGCUGCUGUGGGUGCUGACGGUUCUCAGCCUGAAGCUGGUCUGCGAGGUGCUGCUAUGCCAGAAGCUGGUCGACCAGGAGCGAGCCAGAGACCUAUGGUUCGGCCUUAUCGUGUCGCCUCUCUUUAUCCUGCUGCAGCUGCUAAUGAUUCGGGCAUGCAGGGUCAACUGAGGGCAAAGUGGGCUCCAUGCUGAUGCUGGAGCGGAGAGCACUCUCCAUCUGCCAUGAGAGAUUUUAGGGAUACAAGUUAUUUUUUCUUUUUUCUUUUUCUUUUGAAAUGUCACCUUUUGUGAUAAAGGUUUUUUAUGUUUAGGUCACUAAGAAUCACCUAUAGCAGAAAAGCUUCAGGAAACAAGAAGAUAAUUGAGAAUAUUACCGCAAGGUUACUUGUGGGCUCAAAGACAUCUUGUCUGUGGUGUAGGUUUGGAACAUAGAAAGGCCGUUAACAUCAUAGUUACUGACUGAUGAUGAGCCAUGAGGAGAAGUAUGUUUCAGUAUGUGCAAAGGUCUUGAGUCAUCUUUUCUUUCUUUAUAAUUUCCUUCUAAGCAGCCAGUUUAUCUCCAGUCUUUCUCUAUUUAUGUUUAAAGUAUUUCCUCACAAUGCUAACAAACUAACCAAUUAAGAAAUAAUCAACAAAUCAGAAUGUCAUCAUUUUAAAUUGGCUAAAUAUGUCAGACUUUAUGAAAUGCACCAUCUUUUAUUUUAUCUUUUUAUUUUGGAGAAUUGAACUGAAGACGUUGGAAGUAAAUUCUCUGUGUAACACACUGCUUAUUCUAAAUAAAAUUAUAUCUGUUCAGUUUCACCCAAAGUAUUUGCAGCAAAGCUCAGAUGAAGGAAACUCAGGAAUAUCCAUUGAAUUAGAAACAUGUCUGAAUAGAUCAAAAUUACAAAAAAACCUAAAUAUUGAGAAUAAAUUCAGUCAAAUGGCUUUAAUUAAGAACUGUCAAGUAAAAAAAACAUUUUUAAAAAUACAUAUUUUGAUAGAUUUAAAUGAUUAAUGUCCAAAAUUAAUAAGUAAAAUUAAUAAUGCUAAGCCAAGUUGAACAAGGUGUGGCUACUUUGAAAAACAAAUCUAGAGAAAUACUUAAUAUGAUCAUUACUAAAGGUAAAAGUACUCAUUUAGUCUGGAAACCCUCUGCAAUUAUUACUUUUAAUCCGCAACUGUGUUUUCUUUUCAGAUUUAAUUUUUAUUUUCCAGUUUAACAUUUUAUUCUCCGUCUUGCAGCUAAAAACAUUCAAACUGUCACUGUACGUUUUCAACAGUUAAAUAGCAAAAUAAGAUGUCUCACUGGACUGCGUCACGUUACACAGAGACCGACACCCUCCCUCCUUCGCUGUUCUUUCAACGCUGGAAGUUUAUUCAGAUAAUUCUCAUUUAUUUCCACAUAAAAAAAAAAAAGUAACUCUGGAUUCCUGUCAUCUUCAUUUUCAUCUCCAUGGAGGUCAUAGGGAAUGCAAAAUCUGGCAUAAUUUUACUGAUAAUCAUCAGUUUUUGUGUGUGGUUAUUAAAACAUAAAUAUAACUGCUGGGAUAUUUCAGUUUGCAUUAAAAUAUCUAAAAACACUAUAAUAUAAAAUAAUUGAACUGAUUCCUAAUAUAAAUACUAGAAAAAUAAUUUUAGAAAAAAUAAAAUAAAGUUAGUAUUAGCACUACUGCAGUGGCAUCUUGUUUAAUAUGAACAGGGCAAAACCAGUAAAUCCAAAUAGUUUGGUUCCUUCAAAACAAAAUCUAAAGAAAUUGCAGUGACUCAAACUUUUGCAUAAAACUGUUCUAAUGUGUUCAAAAUGUGUGAACCUAAUAAGGUGAUAUUAGAGGAGGAGUUCCCUGUUCAUCUGAUGGGUUGUGAGAUCCCAGGAAGCCGCUGCAGCUCUAUUUUCCCCACAGGACGACGCUGCUCAUCAGCUUAGACUCCAUUAUCUCCCAUAUCGUUGUUGGGAGCGUUGCUCAUCCAGCUUCUUCUCCUUUAUUUAAAGUUGUCUGCAAUCAUCUUCCCUAAAUAUGCUGUUCAUGUUUUGUUUUUUUACCAAUGGUGUAGAAAAUAUCCAGUCUGUUUUUUUUCUUUGUAAAUAUUUUUUGCAUGUAUUUAUGGCCUCCUUUUAAUUUAACUCUUGAUGUAUAAUUCUGUGUAAUAUGUAUAUGUUGAAUGUUUAAACAGAAAUCCACAUGUUUAUAUUUAUGUUAUGAUUUUUUUUUGCUGUCGUACGCAUAGGGUUAUUUGGAAAGGAUCUGUUAAUAAAAUAAUAAAAAACUUAAAA